AUGAAUGCGUCGAUUCCCACACUGGUCGUGCUAGCCAACCUACCGCAACUCGCCCUAUCCGUCAUCUACGUGCUCGUCAACAGGCUCCUUUCCGCCAUGGCCGCCGCUCGCGAAUGGGCGUCGUUCGCGCACUCACGCAAAGGCUUGCGUGUGACAGUACCGCAGGGUCAGCAGCGCAGCACGCUGUGGCUCCAGCUGCCUUAUUCCUUCGCUAUCCCACAGCUAGCCCUAUCAGCACUGCUGCACUACUUCGUUUCGCAGAGCCUGUUCCUCGCGCAGAUUGCCAUCUUCAACGCUCGCGACGAGACCGAGGAUGGAGGCGCCUCAGUCUCGAGUAUCGGCUUCUCGGCGAUUGCCAUUUUCUGCUCGUUGUUGACCACAGGUGCCGUGCUGGUGGCUGUGGUGCUGGCUGGGCUCGUGGUCCGAUGUAUGGAGGGAAGUGUGCCGGUUGGGUUUUGCAGCGCCGCAGUUGCAGCAGCAUGUCACCCGCCUAUGUGGGAAAAGACGGGCGUGGAGAGGGAACUUCUGCAGUGGGGCGAUGUGCUGGGGAAAGAUGGCUUCUUUUCUGGGGAGGAUGUUUAUGGGCCGGUUGGGCACUGCAGUUUCAGUGCUAAAAAGGUUUCCUUGCCCGAGGUGGGGAAACUGUAUGCAUGA